GACCAACUUCAAUUAUCCGUGAGCUGUAAUCGCACACACAAGGGAAAUGAAAGAAAAGUGAGACAGACAGAUAAAGGAGAGAGUUCUUGUUUGGAAACAAAAAAAAAAAAAAAACAGUCUCCUUCUCCUCCUCGCUCUUGUCUGAAGUCUUAACAUCAACCCAAGUUACUCAAUUUUGCAGUGUGAAUUUUGAUUGGUUUAAUUUGAAAAAAGAUGGCAACCUUUGCAGGGACUACCCAGAAGUGUAAGGCAUGUGAGAAAACUGUUUACUUGGUUGAUCAGCUCACUGCUGACAGCAAAGUUUAUCACAAAGCUUGCUUCAGGUGCCACCAUUGCAAGGGUACCCUUAAGCUAAGUAAUUAUAGCUCCUUUGAGGGUGUCUUGUAUUGCAAGCCUCACUUUGAUCAAUUGUUUAAGAGGACUGGCAGCUUGGAUAAAAGUUUUGAAGGAACUCCAAAAACUGUUAGGGUAGACCGAUCAGCAGAUCAGGUAACCAACAGUAGAGUUUCAAGUCUCUUUGCUGGAACUCAAGAAAAAUGUGUCGCUUGCAAGAAAACUGUUUACCCAAUUGAAAAGGUGGCAGUUGAUGGCAGCUCCUAUCAUAAGGCUUGUUUCAGGUGCACCCAUGGGGGCUGUGUAAUCAGCCCAUCGAACUACGUGGCCCAUGAACAACGUCUAUACUGUAGGCAUCACCACAACCAACUCUUCAAACAGAAGGGGAACUUCAGCCAACUUGACAAGCAUGAGGAAGUCAAGGAAGUGACUGAGAACAUUGUGGCCUAGGUAUCCAGUUUCUAAGAAAGAGCCAGAUUUCAACUUUUGAAGCAAAGCUGUUGUUGCAUUUACUUUCUACGUAGUAUAUACCAUAUUAUAUAUAUAUUGUAUGUCACCGGGGAGAAAUAUUUAGCAGGAGAGUUUGAGUUUGUUGCUAAAUUUUUGUGUGUGAGCUUUGAAUUGAUAGCAAGUUGGUGUUCAGUCCUUUUCAAUAAACUAUGUUGAUAUAACGCAAGAAAAUAUCCUGUUAGAUCUUUGAUUAGAAGCUUGAUGUGUUUUGAGCUUUUCUUUAU